CGGAGAGGGGGGCGGGCCCCGGUGAGAACAAGACCCAAUGAAAGACGAGCAGGGAUCGGGGCCCUGUCCUGCCGCGGCCCAAUGGGAGCGCCGCUGGGAGGCAUGGCCGGCGGCUCGGCGGGGAUAUAUAAGCCCCCCACUAGCCGCCCCGCACCGGGAUUCGUGGUGUUGCUGGAGACUCGUAACGCGUCCGCAGUCAACGACCCUCCGCAAACGUCACCUGUCGGGAACAACCAUGCGCGAGUGUAUCUCCAUCCAUGUGGGCCAGGCCGGGGUGCAGAUGGGCAAUGCCUGCUGGGAGCUCUACUGCCUGGAGCACAACAUCCAGCCCAAUGGCACCAUGCCCAGCGACAAGGCACUGGGCAGCGGUGAUGACUCCUUCAACACCUUCUUCAGUGAGACAGGGGCUGGCAAGCACGUGCCCCGGGCUGUCUUUGUGGACCUGGAGCCUGCUGUCAUAGAUGGGGUAAGAACUGGCAUUUAUAGGCAGCUCUUCCACCCUGAGCAGCUGAUAUCUGGCAAGGAGGAUGCUGCCAACAACUAUGCCCGAGGCCACUACACUGUGGGGAAGGAGAUCAUCGAUCUUGUGCUGGAGCGAAUCCGAAAACUGACAGACCAGUGCACCGGGCUUCAGGGGUUCCUGAUCUUCCAUAGCUUUGGGGGUGGCACUGGCUCAGGCUUCACCUCCCUGUUGAUGGAGCGGCUUUCUGUCGACUAUGGCAAGAAGUCCAAGUUGGAAUUUGCCAUCUACCCCGCCCCCCAAGUGUCCACAGCGGUUGUAGAACCCUACAACUCUAUUUUAACCACGCACACUACCCUGGAGCACUCAGACUGUGCCUUCAUGGUGGACAACGAGGCCAUCUAUGACAUCUGCCGCCGCAACCUGGACAUCGAGCGCCCCACCUACACCAACCUCAACCGGCUCAUCGGCCAGAUUGUGUCCUCCAUCACUGCCUCCCUGCGCUUCGAUGGUGCCCUCAACGUGGACCUCACAGAGUUCCAGACCAACCUGGUGCCCUACCCCCGCAUCCACUUUCCCCUGGUGACCUACUCCCCCAUUGUCUCAGCCGAGAAGGCCUACCACGAGCAGCUGUCCGUGGCAGAGAUCACCAACGCCUGCUUUGAACCCUCCAAUCAGAUGGUCAAGUGUGACCCUCGCCACGGCAAAUACAUGGCCUGCUGCAUGCUCUACCGUGGAGAAGUGGUGCCCAAGGAUGUGAACGCCGCUAUUGCCACGAUCAAGACCAAGCGCACCAUCCAGUUUGUGGACUGGUGUCCCACGGGUUUCAAGGUUGGCAUUAACUACCAGCCGCCCACCGUGGUGCCCGGGGGAGACCUGGCCAAGGUGCAGCGGGCAGUCUGCAUGCUGAGCAACACCACGGCCAUCGCCGAGGCCUGGGCCCGCCUCGACCACAAGUUUGACCUGAUGUAUGCCAAACGGGCAUUUGUGCACUGGUACGUGGGCGAGGGCAUGGAGGAAGGAGAGUUCUCUGAGGCCCGAGAAGACCUGGCUGCCCUGGAGAAGGAUUAUGAAGAAGUGGGAACAGAGUCUAUGGACGGCGAGGACGAGAGUGAGGAGUUCUAGGGGUCCCGGCACCUGCAACGCCUGGGCUCUCUCCCCGGUUUUGUGUCUCUCGUUCCACUGUUUCCCUAACCCCCUACAAAUACAAUCAAUGUCUCAAGUGA